UAUACUAUAACUAUUCACCUCAGUGUCUAUGGCUGGCGGUGGAUAUUCACCUCGCGGCUUCGAGACUCGGUGAAUAUCCGCUACUAGCCAGCAACCUCCACUUCAGUAAAUCACGGUUUGUUACUUUUGAAAAGUAGUUUAGAGACAUGCCGACCGCUAUGAAUUAACAAGUAUUUAGUACACGCCGUGUUUGCAUUUUCCAGACUGCGCAGACUCGUUUAAAUUUUUUCAAGCCAUUUUACGGUCCUAUUCCACUUGCGUUUGCAUCUUGAAAACAACGAAUAUUACUGGCUGCAAACCAUUCUAAAAGAAUCUUUUUUUGUUUAACCAUGUUGUGGCAGCUAAGUACGCUUUCAAUCCUUCGUCCCGACGAGGCAGAACUACGGAGUAAUGAUGAGGUGUUUGGCAGCCGGCAGACAGCAAAUCACACUUGCAUGGCUCUACGGAGAUACUUUAAUGCCCAUCUUCACAUCAGGGCAGAUGCGCUGAGGAGAUCUAUGGCAAGGAACGAGGGUGGAACACCACCUGUUCCAGUUGCAGCGUAUAAGGUGAAUUUUCAAGCCUACUCCCUAAUUUUAGGAGAAAAUUGUAUAUUGUCAGAUGAGCAAAUUCAAUAUGUUAUGUUAUUUAAAAGGACGACACCCGCUUGGCUGCUUUAGUUCAGAGAGGUUGGAAGUGA